GUCAGCGCUGCAGCAGUGCCAGUGGAGCGUCUUGGAAGUCUUGACAUCAAGCUCAUCGACAUCGGGCUGAAGCUCCAGCUUUACUUGGGACCUUUGCGAAAUAGCAGUGUGUCGUCUUGUUGCCGGCUGUGCCCUGGAUGCAGCGAUCUUGAGUCUUGACCUAAGCCGCGACCUGCUUCUGACCGUGUGGCUUCGUGCGCAGUGCAUGUACGGAUAGUGUCUUGCUAGUCCCCUGGCCUUCAGACAGUUGCUUGCCUAGAAGUGCACAUGGCGUGAAGAGGACAUUAUCGAAUGCUGUUGUUCAGCUAAGCUGGAGAGAUAGCGCACUUUCAGGCCAGUUUGCUGGUCACAGUGGUGGUCAAUCCGUGUAACGACGAUCGUCACUAGUCUUGUUGUGUUCGAUCGUGUCCCAUUCCGUGGGCAGAAAACGGUGUCAUCGUGUGCCAGUCCGGGAAUCUUCACCAUGAGCUUUGACGGUCAUCUUCCAGGCAGUAUGGCGGCUGGUGAAAUGUUGGAGAAGGCUCCUUCGAUUCGAGGAUACGGUGGUGAUUUGAGCGGUGCUGCUACAAUGCGAACGAAAGUUCAGAGCAAGCGCCAGGCGCUGAAUGGUCAGAUUAGCAAGGAGAUCAGAAUGCUGGAGGGAGCCGAGAACCUACUAAGGGCCAGUACGAAUCGGAAGGCACGGGAAACGGCCGCAUUGGAGCUGACGUUCCACGAGAGCAACCUCGAGCGGCUGCAAGCACAGCUUUCUCAGCUGAAUUGUGCAGUCACUAUUUAUCAACACGAUGGUAAUAAAGAGACACGAGUGCCAAUGAUUUGCUUAGGACUGAAGGAGACGGAUCCAGUGGACCUGAUCCUACCACUGGAGCGCUUCCUUCAACGCCAUUAUCAUGUGGAACCCUCUCAUUAUGAGGAUGCCCUCACGGAGCUUGCCAGCAUGCGGCAGGCUGUCCGCACACCGAAACGCAACGAGGAAGGCCUCGGCUUGCUGAUCGACUACGUCAAGCAGCUCUACUUUGUGGAGAGAAGGUUCUUCCGAUCGCAGAAGCACGGUAUAGUGUUUCAAUGGUAUGACUCUAUUCAAGGUCUUCCCACUGCCCAGCAAUCAAUAACAUUUGAAAAGGCAUCCGUCAUCUUCAACGUCGCAGUGCUUCACAGUCAAUUUGCAGCAAAGCAGGACCGGAGCACUUCUGCCGGUGUAGAAAAGGCAGUGGAGGAAUUUGAAAAAGCUGCCGGCAUGUUUGACUACUUGAACGAGAAGUUCUACAACGCACCUAGCCCCGACAUGGCGCCGGACACUCUGCAGAUGCUCUCUGCUCUCAUGUUGGCUCAGGCCCAGGAAUGCCUGUUUGAGAGGAGAAGUCUGGACACGGAGGUGCUGGAAGGUGGAGUGGAGUUGGCGAUUGAGCUAGCGCAAGAAACAGCACGGGUUGCAGAUCUGUACGAGAAGACACACCAGAGCAUGGGGACAUCGCCAUUCAAGGGAUAUAUUACAAGGUCCUGGGUCACACUGGCCAAGGCGAAAGACUUCCAUUUCCGUGCAUUGUCACGGUACUACACCGCAGCCGCUCACUUGGACUUUGCUGAUGAAACAGACCUAACUGGUGAAGAGAUCGGAUCAAUGCGAGAUCAGUUACAUCACAUGCUGGCAAAUAAUAUCCGAGCCGAGAUGCGGCCAAUUAUGUCCGUCGAUGAUCAGAUUGACAGAGGUGUUGGUCAUCUGCAAUCAUCCAUUCUACUGCAUCGAGAUGCACUACGGCUGCUAAGAAGUGACAGUGAGCUGAAGAAACUGGACACUCUCAUUCAGGUAUUCUACCAAGAUCAGCAGAUGGCACUGAACAAGCAAGGUGAAUUACAGCAGCAAGGAAACAUCGACCUCUCGCCCAGGUUCAACACAGCUGCCGAGGCGCCACGGAUCGAUGGCAUAGCUCCGAGGGAGUCUGCACCACGCAAUGUUGAUGUGUUCGGCACCAGUCCAGACUCGGAUGACUUCUUCCACACUCUAGGCCCAUUGUCUUUGUUUAGCUCGGCGAAUGAUUGGACUGCGCCACGCUCGGCCGAUGUGGAGCGUACAGAUGCCGGGUUUGGCUUUGCAAUCCGUGGCAAUGCGCCCGUUUUGAUCUGCAGUGUUGACAAAGGAAGCCCUGCUGAGCUUGCGCAUGUUCAGAAAGAUGACGUUGUAAUGGCCGUGAAUGGUCACCCCACGCUGUGGAGCACGCAUGGUGAAGUCGUGGACUUAGUAAAGAAGUCGGGUUCACUAGUGCAGCUCGCGCUAGUAUCUUUCACUCGGGUCAGACGCUCGAAUGUCCUACCACCGACGCGUGGUGACGAGCAGCCAGCUCCCUCGUCGUCGUCCAAGAAGCCAGAGAGCAAUGGCGGUUCGAAUAUGUCUUCCACAAUGGAAGAUGCAAUGCAGUAUUGAAGCUGCGGUGUGUGUGUGUGUGUGUGUGUGUGCAUGUGUGUGUGUGUGUGUGUGUGUGUGUGCGUGCGUGCGUGCGUGUGUGCACGUGAGGGAGCAGGAGCAAGUGCUCUCGAAAAGAAACUGAGCAGGUUUAUGCAGUGUCUUGAAAUUUUGCAUUGCGCUUGUCAGCCAUAGGAAUUUUUGAACCAUGACACCAAAGUGCAGUUGAUGAUAAUGUAAUUCAUACCUCAAACUAGUGAUAGGCACACUGAGAGAUAAUGGCAGCAUUCCACUCACUCACCAUUCAUUCACAGUCAGUCGAAUACGUGAUAGCCAGUGCCAACUUCUACCAGUAUUGGUUUUCAUGCACAUUGGUUGAGCAUAGCGUAUUAAUGCCCUGCAGCCUUGUUUAGAGUCGAUAUCGGCAUGUUUUGAUGCUGACCUAUGGCUGUUCAGUGUGUUGCUAGUACCCAAGGCCUGGCUAUUCCCAGCCUUGUACAUUAUUGCUACUACUGCUGCUAGUACCCAAGGCCUGGCUAUUCCCAGCCUUGUACAUUAUUGCUACUGCUGCUGGACCGGCACCUAUAACUGUGUAGUAUGGUAACUGAAUCCCCCCUCGACACCCUCCUUCUUUCUAUACUGUACUUAGUCUGAAGGUCAUGGUGAUUUCCUGCACCGCCGCUCCUUGGCGUGGUGUUGUGUUUCACACAGCCGCGACUGACUCACACGUACACGUGUAUAUAUCUCAACUGGCUUAUCUGACCCCCUCACUUUAGCUGAUUGAGUAUUACAACCACAUGCACUUACACGAUUUGAUCCGCCUGUUGCGUGUAUAGUUUCCGCUAGGCGUUGCGCUGCAUUCAGCCAUUGUUCGAAGUAACUUUUAAUUAUGAUCAUCUCUAUUGCAAAGUGGCAGUUUUGCAAAUAUGCCUCUGGGUAGCCAUGUUUCCUGCUCCUA